GUCGCCAGAGCCGGGAGCGCGCCCCCGGAUGACAACAAAUUCGUCGCGCGGCGGCGGUGGAGGUGUCCGCUGAGCCCCUGCCUCGGGCCUUGUCGCCUCCCCCCGCCUCUCCUGCACCCUCUCUCUGUGUAGAAGGGGAUCCCCCGGACCCCGCGGGUCAGGGGCGACGGGGACUCUUCUGCGCCUCGUCCCGGUCCGCCAGGCCUAGAGCGAACGACGCGGCGCGGGAGAUGGGGUCGCCCUGAGGGACGCCCGGUACCGGCGGGCAUGGAGGAGCCGCCCCGGGCUUAGGCCCAGCCGCGGCCCGGGGUCGCCGGCCGGGACCCGAGGCGCCGCGGUCGCGGCCUGGAGCCGGAGCCUGCGCCACGAGGCCGGAGUCGCCGCCGCCCGCAGCCGCCGCCAGCCUUCAUCAUGCCGUGGCCGUUCUCAGAGUCCAUCAAGAAGAGGGCCUGCCGGUACCUCCUGCAGCGGUACCUGGGCCACUUCCUGCAGGAGAAGCUGAGCCUGGAGCAGCUCAGCCUGGACCUGUACCAGGGCACCGGCUCCCUCGCCCAGGUCCCCUUGGACAAAUGGUGUCUCAAUGAGAUCCUGGAGUCAGCAGAUGCGCCUUUAGAAGUCACUGAAGGAUUCAUACAGUCAAUUUCUCUGUCAGUUCCAUGGGGCUCCUUGCUACAGGACAAUUGUGCACUGGAAGUGAAAGGGCUAGAAAUGGUCUUCCGACCUAGACCUCGCCUAGCAACUGGAUCUGAGCCUAUGUAUUGGUCAAGUUUCAUGACCAGCAGUAUGCAGUUGGCGAAGGAAUGUCUUAGCCAGAAACUAACAGAUGAGCAAGGAGAAGGAUCCCAGCCUUUUGAAGGACUUGAAAAGUUUGCUGAAACUAUUGAAACAGUACUAAGAAGAGUAAAAGUCACUUUUAUAGACACCGUCUUGAGAAUUGAACAUGUGCCAGAAAACUCCAAAACUGGAACUGCACUUGAAAUUCGAAUAGAAAGAACUGUAUACUGUGAUGAAACUGCAGACGAGUCCUCAGGAAUUAACGUCCAUCAGCCUACAGCUUUUGCUCACAAGUUACUCCAGCUCUCUGGAGUGUCUCUCUUCUGGGAUGAGUUUUCUGCAUCAGCAAAAUCUUCCCCAGUGUGUUCAACUGCACCAGUGGAAACUGAGCCAAAGCUGUCACCUAGCUGGAAUCCUAAAAUCGUUUAUGAGCCACACCCACAGCUAACUAGAACUUUACCAGAGGUAGCACCCUCUGACCCAGUGCAGAUUGGAGGGCUAAUUGGUAGGUUGGAGUUGAGUCUCACGCUGAAACAAAAUGAAGUGCUUCCUGGAGCUAAGUUGGAUAUUGAUGGACAGAUAGACUCUAUUCAUCUAUUCCUGUCUCCAAGACAGGUACACUUGCUUUUGGAUAUGUUAGCAGCUAUUGCUGGACCAGAAAAUUCUAGCAAAUUAGGUUUAGCUAAUAAAGAUAGAAAGAAUCGACCCAUGCAGCAGGAAGAAGAAUAUCGCAUUCAGAUGGAAUUAAACCGCUAUUAUUUGAGAAAAGAUUCCCUUUCUGUGGGUGUAUCUUCAGAGCAAAGCUUUUAUGAGUCAGAAACGGCUCGUACACCUUCUAGCCGUGAAGAAGAAGUUUUCUUCUCCAUGGCUGAUAUGGACAUGUCCCAUAGUCUUUCUUCUCUUCCACCUCUUGGGGACCCCCCAAAUAUGGACCUUGAGUUAUCAUUAACUAGCACAUAUACAAAUACCCCAGCUGGAUCUCCCUUAAGUGCUACUGUGCUUCAGCCAACCUGGGGAGAUUUCCUUGAUCAUCAUAAAGAACAGCCAGUAAGAGGGUCAAUACUGCCGUCCAACCUAGUUCACCCAUCGUCUCUACAGAAGACUUCUCUCCCCUCUAGAUCUGUCUCAAUGGAUGAAUCCAGGCCUGAGCUCAUUUUUCGACUAGCUGUGGGAACUUUGUCAAUCUCUGUGCUUCACAUUGAUCCAUUGUCUCCACCUGAAACAUCAUUGAACCUUAAUCCAUUGACACCUCUGGCGAUAGCUUUCUUUUCUUGUAUAGAAAAGAUAGAUCCUGCGAGAUUUUCAACAGAUGAUUUUAAAUCUUUCAGAACGGUAUUUGCAGAAGCUUGCUCACAUGAUCACCUUAGAUUCAUAGGCACUGGCAUCAAAGUAUCCUAUGAACAAAGACAAAGAUCAGCUUCCAGGUAUUUUAGUACUGAUAUGUCUAUUGGUCAAAUGGAACUUUUGGAGUGCCUGUUUCCAACUGAUUUUCAUUCUGUUUCUCCUCACUAUACAGAGCUUUUAAUGUUCCAUUCCAAAGAACGAACUGAUUCCCACCCCCCUGCGUGUCUUCAGCUUCAUUACAAGCAUUCUGAGAAUAAAGGGCCCCAGGGUAAUCAAGCAAGACUUAGUUCUGUUCCUCAGAAGGCAGAAUUACAAAUUAAAUUAAAUCCCGUAUUUUGUGAGCUGGAUAUCAGUAUUGUGGACAGAUUAAAUUCCUUGCUUCAACCACAGAAACUUACUACAGUAGAGAUGAUGGCAUCUCACAUGUAUACUUCAUAUAAUAAGCAUAUUAGUCUGCACAAGGCUUUCACUGAAGUGUUUCUAGAUGACUCACAUAAUCCUGCUAAUUGUCGAAUAUCGGUACAAGUUGCCACACCAGCAUUAAACCUUUCUGUUCGUUUCCCAAUACCCGAUCUUCGAUCAGAUCAGGAAAGAGGACCGUGGUUUAAGAAGUCACUUCAGAAGGAGAUUCUUCAUUUAGCAUUCACAGAUCUAGAAUUUAAGACUGAAUUCAUAGGAGGAUCAACCCCAGAACAAAUUAAAUUGGAACUUACCUUUAGAGAACUAACUGGGUCAUUCCAGGAAGAUAAAGGAGAGCCAUCUAUUAAGUUUCUCCACGUGUCUGGUGGAGUAGAUGGAGAUACAACAUCGUCAGAUGACUUUGACUGGCCACGAAUUGUAUUGAAAAUAAAUCCACCAGCCAUGCAUUCCAUUUUGGAGAGAAUAGCAGCAGCAGAAGAAGAGGAGAGUGAUGGCCACUACCAGGAAGAAGAGGAAGGCGGUGCUCACUCCCUGAAAGACGUGUGUGAUCUGAGAAGACCCGCCCCCUCUCCCUUUUCUUCUCGUAGAGUAAUGUUUGAAAAUGAACAGAUGGUGAUGCCAGGAGACCCUGUAGAAAUGACAGAAUUUCAGGAUAAAGCAAUCAGCAAUUCUCACUAUGUCCUGGAACUUUCGUUACCCAAUGUUCACAUGACACUACCUAAUAGAAGCUUUUAUGAGAAGCUUUAUAAUAGGAUCUUCAAUGACUUGCUGCUGUGGGAACCAACAGCUCCUUCACCAGUGGAGACUUUUGAAAAUAUUUCGUAUGGUAUUGGGCUGUCAGUAGCCAGUCAACUGAUCAAUACCUUUAACAAGGACAGUUUUAGUCCAUUUAAAUCUACAGUUCACUAUGAUGAAGAAAGUGGAUCAGAGGAGGAGACUUUGCAGUAUUUUUCUACUCUUGAUCCCAACUAUCGUUCCCGUAGGAAAAAAAAACUCGACUCUCAGAAUAAGAACUCGCAGAGUUUUCUCUCCGUUCUUCUGAGUAUUAAUCACGGAUUAAUGUCGGUGUUUACAGACGUAAAGCAAGAGAAUGGAGAUCUUUUGGAAAACAAGCAUGGUGAAUUCUGGUUAGAGUUCAGUAGUGGCACGUUAUUUUGUGUGACAAAAUAUGAAGGUUUCGAUGACAAGCACUACAUCUGCCUUCAUUCCAGCACCUUCAGUCUGUACCACAAAGGCAUAGUGGAUGGAGUGAUUCUUCCUACAGAAGUACGGCUGCCCAGUGCCACACGCCCACACUGGUUGGAACCUACCAUUUAUUGCUCUGAAGAAAAUGGCCUCAGUAGAGCUUCUUCAGAGGGUGUUGGAGGAGACACGUUGAAUAUGCUCUCUGCUGCUGUUAAAAUACUGUCUGAUAAAUCAGAGUCCAAUACAAAGGAAUUUCUCAUCGCUGUGGGGCUGAAAGGAGCCACUCUCCAGCACAGAGUACUCCCUUCCGGGCUGAGCUGGCACGAGCAGAUUUUAUACUUCCUGAACAUUGCUGAUGAGCCUGUCCUGGGAUAUAAUCCUCCAACUUCGCUUACAACUUUUCAUGUUCAUCUCUGGAGCUGUGCACUUGAUUAUAGGCCUCUUCACUUGCCAAUCCGAUCUCUUCUUACUGUUGAAACAUUCAGCAUUUCAAGUAGUGUUGCCUUGGAUAAAUCGUCUUCUACGCUCAGAAUAAUCUUGGAUGAAGCUGCUUUACAUCUGUCUGACAAGUGUAACACUGUCACUGUAAAUCUGAAUAGAGAUUAUGUUCGUGUGAUGGAUAUGGGGCUUUUAGAAUUAACCAUAACUGCAGUGAAGUCUGAUUCUGAUGGAGAGAAAACUGACUCACGCUUUGAGUUACACUGUUCCAGCGAUGUUGUCCAUAUCAGGACGUGCUCAGACUCCUGUGCUGCUUUAAUGAAUCUCAUUCAGUACAUUGCAAGCUAUGGCGACUUACAUGCAGCCAACAAGGCGGAGGUGAAGGCAGGAGCCCCUCAAAGAAAGACCACGGUAGAUUUCGGUGGUCGGCCGUCCUCACGAGGCCCUGUACUUCCUGAAGCAGAUCAACAGAUUUUACGAGAUUUGAUGAGCGAUGCUAUGGAGGAGAUUGAAGUGCACCAGGCCAGUUCCUCCGUGAAACCACAGUCUAAUGGUGUUUUGGAUGAAAAAUGUCACAUUCAGGAGCCAUGUUGUUCAGACCUCUUCCUGUUUCCAGAUGAGAGUGGGAAUGUGUCCCAGGAGCCUGGCCCCACUUAUGCCUCCUUCACCCCCCACUUGAUUAGUGACGCAGUGCCAGGGGUGUCCACUGAAAACGAUGACUUUUGCAUUCUCUUUGCACCAAGGGCAACCGUUCAGGAGAAGGAAGAAGAGCCAGUUGUAAAAAUAAUGGCUGAAGAUGCAAUUGUGAUAAGAGAUAAUUACUUCAGUCUGCCCGUUAAGAAGACAGAUGCGAGCAGAGCCCCCUUGCACUUCCCCGUUCCCGUUGUCCGGUAUGUUGUUAAAGAAGUCUCUCUUGUUUGGCAUCUUUAUGGAGGAAAGGAUUUUGGAACAGCCCCUCCUACUUCUCCAGCUAAAAGUUACAUUAGUCCCCACAGUUCACCUUCUCACACGCCCACAAGACAUGGACGUAAUAUGGUAUGUGGGGGCAAAGGAAGAAAUCAUGACUUUUUAAUGGAAAUACAGUUAAGCAAGGUGAAGUUUCAGCAUGAGGUCUACCCACCGUGCAAGCCGGAGUGCGACCCCAGCCUCUUAGAGCACCCAGUCUCCCGGCAGGUGUUCCUCGUGCAGGACCUUGAGAUUCGAGACCGGCUGGCCACGUCACAGAUGAACAAGUUCUUGUACCUGUAUUGCAGCAAGGAAAUGCCUCGCAAAGCUCAUUCCAACAUGUUGACAGUGAAAGCAUUACACGUGCGCCCAGAGUCGGGCAGGUCACCUCAGGAGUGCUGCUUAAGAGUGUCACUGAUGCCACUUCGCCUCAAUAUCGACCAGGAUGCCUUGUUCUUCCUGAAGGAUUUCUUCACAAGUCUUUCUACAGAAGUAGAGCUUCUAAUGGCUCCAGAUCCAGAAGUGAGGAAAUCUCCCGGCGCUGACGUCACCUGCAGUGUGCCAAGGCACCUGAGUACCUCGAAGGAGCCAAGUCUAGUGCUUUCUUUCUCUGGGCCAAAGCCACCUUCCCCAAACGACUGUGCCAAUUCAGCGGAAGUGGCGAACGGGGAGGAAGAGAAGGACUUCGCGGCUGAAGAAGCCUCGUUUAGUGACCAGCCUGUGUUUUUUAGAGAAUUCAGAUUCACAUCAGAAGUUCCUAUUCGGCUUGAUUAUCAUGGCAAACACGUAUCAAUGGAUCAGGGUACGCUAGCUGGGAUCUUGAUUGGUCUGGCCCAGUUGAACUGCUCUGAACUGAAGCUGAAGAGACUCUUCUAUCGGCACGGUCAUUUGCUUAGUUUGCUAGGUGUUGACAAAUUAUUCUCCUAUGCAAUCACUGAAUGGCUUACUGACAUUAAGAAGAACCAGCUACCAGGAAUCCUGGGAGGUGUUGGGCCUAUGCACUCACUAGUACAAUUAGUGCAAGGCCUGAAGGACUUGGUCUGGUUGCCAAUAGAGCAGUACCGGAAGGAUGGCCGCAUCGUCAGAGGGUUUCAGAGGGGCGCUGCCUCCUUUGGCACCUCGACAGCCAUGGCUGCCCUGGAACUCACCAACAGGAUGGUUCAAACCAUACAGGCUGCGGCAGAGACUGCUUACGACAUGGUGUCCCCUGGCCCCCUUUCUAUCGAGCCCAAGAAGAGCAGGAGGUUUCCUCACCAUCGCUUAGCCCACCAGCCAGUCGACCUGAGGGAAGGUGUGGCCAAGGCCUACAGCGUGGUGAAGGAGGGCAUCACGGACACGGCUCACACCAUUUAUGAGACCGCAGCUCGAGAGCACGAGAGCCGGGGGGUCACCGGGGCGGUGGGCGAAGUCCUGCGCCAGAUCCCUCCAGCCGUGGUGAAGCCGCUGAUUGUUGCUACAGAGGCAACAUCGAACGUGCUAGGAGGCAUGAGAAACCAAAUUAGACCAGAUGUUCGGCAAGACGAGUCCCAGAAGUGGCGCCACGGGGAAGACUGACACUACAAACACGUUUUUUCCACAAUGAUGAGGGCGGGACUAAGGAGCAGAGUGUCCCCUGGGCCAUUGGAGAGGGAACUCAUUUCAUUUUAUUGUGCUCAUCUCAGGAACAAAAGCAUUUCUUAGUUAAAUAAUUUAAUAUCACAAAAACAUGCAACCAAAACUUCUGUCAUUUCAGGUCUAGUUUGGUACUUGCCUGUAGACAUGUAUGGUGGCUGGGGUCAAAGGUCUCUAAAGCAAUUGCUGCCAAGUGAGUGGAAUACUUGCUCUUGUCACCCAGACUCUGCUUCUCCCGGUUCCUGGCGCGCUGUCCCGUCCCGGGAAAGCUCUCGCAGUAGAGAGCUCAGAGUCCUCGCGCACCGCGAGAGCACAGCUUAGGGCGCGCUGAGAUUUAGAAAGAAUCCCAGCUUCCAAACCCUCAGAGAGAGAGAGAGAGAGAGAGAGAGAGAGAGAGAGAGAGAGAGAGAGAGAGCGACCCCGCUCCUCCCCCCCACAGGCAGAGCAAGCGAACAGGGUUGUCCAUAUGCUUAUGAGGCAUAAAUCACCCAGCCUGUGGGUUUUGUGUUCACACCCUGAGGACACAUUGUUCCCAAGUACUCAGAAAGUCCCCCGUGGGAGCCGAGCACGGGAUGUCCAGACGUGUCCUGUUGUGUUGCACUUUAUCCCGUGUGUGUAUGUGUGUGUGUGUAGGUGAAUACGAGUCAUGUGCUGUCUUCUUUAUGUAAUUUACAAAGUCAUACAAAAUGCAAAAAGUCAGCCUGAAAGUUUUUGGCAAAAGAAGGUAAUUCUAGUAUAAUAAUCAUUUAUUUGAAGUGUAAAUGAAAAUGUGCAUUCUGUGAUGAGCUGGGGCCCACAUAAGUGUUCAUACGUUCAGUUUUAGCAGGUAUAGUGCAAGCUUGUUGGGAAUGUAUGGAAAGGGAGGUUGGAAGUAGCUUUUAUGCUUUUCAUAUUAACCAAACGUCCUCUAAGUAUGCCCUGCUCAGUGAUUUGGAAGUACCGUUUUUACUUGGUGAACAGUGUACAUUUUGAUAACCUGUCAGGAAUGAAUAAAGUAUUUUUAUUUAAAGGUGAAA